AUGUAACAAGAAUUAGUUUAAUAAAUAGAGAAAGUAAAAAGCUUUCCAUAGUAAGAAAAUAUAAUAUAAUACAUACAAUUAGAUGAAAAUAGAAUAUCUUAAUAAUAAAUUCAAAAAAAUAAUAAUAAAAAAAUUAUAAAUUCAUAAAAUAGUUUAUAUUUAUAAACUCAAUUAUUAUUUAAACCUUAUUUUGGAAAAAAUUAUCCUUUUUUUUGGAUAAAAGGUAAGCCAUAUUUUACUAUAGGACCACAUUGGUUUUUUUUUAUAUUUUUAUUUUUAUUUAUAUUAAUGAUUGGAAUAUUAAUAUGCGAAAUAUUUUUAAAAGAAAAUAUUAUAUUAUAUAUUAUAUAAUAUAUAAUUACUAUAUUUUUACUUAUAAUAUACUCACUUGUAUCUUUAAAAAAUCCAGGAAUAGCAUUUAAAACAUCAUUAGAUUAAAAAAUAGAUGAAAACUAAUUUGGGUUUAUAAAUAUUUUAUUAUAUUUGUAUUUUUAUUAUAAAAUUAAUUAUUUUAAAGUAUUUGUUCUAUAUGUAAUAUUAAUAUUGAUAUAGGAACAUAUCAUUGUUAUGAUUGUGAAGUUUGCAUUAGGGGAUAUGAUCAUCAUUGUCCUUGGGUUGGUAAAUGUAUAGGAUAAGAUAAUUAAUUAGAGUUUAAAUUAUUUUUAGGAAGCGGAUAUUUUUUUUUUUAUAGUUUCUUUUAUAAAUUGCAUAUUUAUUUUAGUUUGA